GUCAUCUUUGGGCUCCGGAGGCCUGAACAUUGAGGAAGUUGUGAGCAGUGGUGGGUAUGAGCCUUGGGGCACUCCACAAUACGUGCUCACGGCACUGUGGCGGAUCAAGUCAGUGUCUCGUUUUGCGUGGUCCAGUAUUGCGGAUCCCCCCAGCGGGGGGAAGUUUCUUCCAAUUGGAAGGUUCAAUGCUGCUUGAUGGAGAACAAGGGGUGCCCUACGACGUCUACAUCGCCGUGCCCAAUUGGGGUGGUGCGGAUUGCAACGCUGGUUACAACGACCUCGACCCGCUGCAGUGGGUGCGCGGCUGGUCGGGCGCGAAGAAGCUCUACUGCUGCAAGACCGCGAACAAGGGGUGCCCCUCGGAGCUGCCGCCCCCGUCGGGCAAGCCGCCCUCGGGCCUGCCGCCCGCCCCGGAUUCCAGCGAGUACGACUGCGACGCGGGGUACCACCACUGCAUGCACUGCCUGAAGCUGUCCUGGUCCCCCCGGAAGAUCGACUACUGCUGCAGGACGCAGCACAGGGGCUGCCAGGGCGAGGAGCCGGAGUGAGAGCGGGUCCGCGAGGCGCGAGCGACCGCGAAAAUCUGCUUAUGUCGUGGUCCCGUCGCAGUCUCUGCGACCCGUCACGGGGGCGUCGUCUUUUUCACGGCGCCUGGCCUCGGGGAUCCCCUCGGGCCGCGUCUGAGUAGCA